CGGGCGCCAUCGAAUCUUUAAAUACCGGUCGGGGCCGAUGCGGGGCAUUCAGCAUUCGGGAGGCCGUCUUCCUCAGAGAGCUCAAAGCGGCGCCAGAUCUGGUAAAAUGGAGGACACCUUCCUUUUCACCUCUGAGUCUGUCAAUGAAGGGCACCCAGACAAGCUCUGUGAUCAGAUCUCUGAUGCAGUUCUUGAUGCCUGCCUCGAGCAGGACCCUGACAGCAAGGUUGCCUGUGAGACGUGCACCAAGACCAACAUGGUCAUGGUCUUUGGUGAGAUCACCACAAAGGGCAAUAUCGACUAUGAGAAGAUUGUCCGCGACACCUGCCGUGCUAUUGGGUUCACAUCCGAUGAUGUAGGCCUCGAUGCAGAUCGUUGCAAGGUGCUUGUUAACAUUGAGCAGCAGUCCCCUGACAUUGCCCAGGGUGUCCAUGGCCAUUUCACCAAGCGCCCUGAGGAGAUCGGCGCUGGGGAUCAGGGUCACAUGUUUGGCUAUGCAACAGACGAGACACCUGAGCUGAUGCCCCUGAGCCAUGUCCUCGCUACAAAACUUGGAGCUCGCCUCACCGACGUCCGCAAAAAUGGAACUUGUCCAUGGUUGAGGCCCGAUGGUAAGACCCAGGUUACCGUCGAGUACCGCAAUGAACACGGUGCCAUGGUCCCCAUUCGUGUGCAUACCGUGCUCAUCUCCACCCAGCACGAUGAGACCGUCACCAAUGACGAGAUUGCUGCUGACCUGAAGGAGCAUGUAAUCAAGGCUGUCGUCCCUGAGCAGUAUCUCGAUGAGAAGACCAUCUUCCACCUUAAUCCGUCUGGUCGUUUCGUCAUUGGCGGACCUCAUGGCGAUGCUGGGCUUACCGGCCGCAAGAUCAUUAUCGACACCUACGGUGGCUGGGGAGCCCAUGGUGGCGGUGCCUUCUCCGGCAAGGAUCCAACCAAGGUCGACCGCAGCGGUGCGUACAUCGCCAGGCAGGCAGCUAAGAGCAUCGUGGCCAAUGGACUUGCACGCCGCUGCAUCGUCCAGAUCUCUUACGCCAUCGGUGUUCCUGAACCCCUUUCGGUCUUUGUCGACACUUAUGGCACCGGCAAAAUCCCCGACAAGGAGAUUCUGGAGAUAGUGAAGGAGAACUUUGAUUUCAGACCGGGGAUGAUCACCAUUAACCUUGACCUGAAGAGGGGUGGCAAUGGCAGGUUCCUCAAGACAGCAGCCUACGGGCACUUCGGCAGGGAUGAUCCAGACUUCACCUGGGAGGUGGUGAAGCCCCUCAAGUGGGAGAAGCCAGCUGCUUAAAUCACCAAAUUUGUCAUCUUAUAAUCUAGUGAUAAUAACCAGAGAAUUGCUGCUGCUUAUGGUUCUGCUUUCUCUUAACUAGCUUCUAGUCUUUGUCUGUCAUCUUUUAGUCUGUCUAUUCGUGGGUAUAAGAUUGUUGCGUCUACCUCUUUUGUUAUGGCAUCGUAGGUUUUGAAUUGCAUGUGUUGGAUGUGUAUUUGAA